UGUUUCUUGAGGAUAUCCGCCGGACGGGCUUUAAAUCGAAAGAUAGAAGAUAGAGUGCCGGCCGACCAGGCGGAGGAGCGAUGGACGGAGGAGUAGUAGUGGUGCAUCCGGCAAUCGGACCUCUGGCGUAUCUGCUCGGAACUUGGAGAGGUCAAGGAGAAGGCGGUUUCCCAACCAUAUCCUCCUUCACUUAUGGUGAAGAACUCAACUUCACUCAUCCCGGAAACAAGCCUGUAAUCGCGUAUUCUCAAAAGACUUGGAAAUUGAACUCUGGAGAGCCUAUGCAUGCCGAGAGCGGAUACUGGAGGCCAAAGCCCGAUGGAACCAUUGAGGUUGUCAUAGCUCAAAGCACUGGUCUCGUCGAAGUUCAGAAAGGAUCAUAUGAUGCUGAAAAUAAAGUGGUGAAGCUUCAUAGUGAGGUUAUAGGAAAUGCUUCCAAGGUGAAAGAGAUAUCUCGGGUUUUUACUCUGGUUAACGAAGAGUUAUCUUACGUAGUUGAGAUGGCUACCAAUCUCACCGAUCGUCAACCACAUCUGAAAGCAUCGCUUAAGAAGCUCUAACGUCAUUUUGAUCCAACGAUAACUCGUUUUUAAACAUCUUCUCUUUGUUGGCCCUUGUGAGUUACGCAUAGAGUUCAAAGAGGUCAAAUCGUUGAUGGUUGUAUUUUGUAUCACCUAUGAUCCAGUUGCUAAAACUUUUGUCAUACAUUUUCACCGAAUUCUUUCAAUUAAAGGAUCUCAUUCAAGAUU